AUGGAAGUCGUGAUUCCCAAUGCUGCAAAUUCCAUUGCUGAAGAAGUGAAGGCUUUUGACGCAACAAAAACUGGUGUCAAGGGAUUAGUGGAGUCUGGUGUGACCAAGAUUCCCAGGUUCUUUGUCCACCCACCAGAGGAUGUCCAGAAGUCAUCGUCCGAGACUGACACCAGCCUUCAGGUUCCAAUCAUAGACUUGGAAGGGUUUGAAAGUUCCCGGCGACUGGAGGUAGUCAAUGAGAUCCGCAAAGCAUCAGAAGAAUGGGGUAUCUUUCAAAUUGUUAACCAUGGAAUUCCAGUUACUCUAUUGGAUGAGAUGUUAGCAGGUGCAAAACGAUUCCACGAACAACCUCAGGAGGUGAAGAAGGAACUAUACACACGUGACCAUAAAAAACAAGUGAAGUUCUACUACGGAUCAGCCGGUCUGACUAUAAAACCAUCAUAUUGGAAGGAUUCAUUAGCAUUUAAUUAUCCGGAUGGCAAACUAGACCCUGAACUCAUUCCUGAAAUUAUAAGAGAAGAGAUUAGUGAAUACUUCAGUUACAUGAAAAAAAUCGGCAAGAUACUUUCUGAACUCUUAUCAGAGGCACUCGGACUUCGUCAUGACUAUUUUUCAAGCAUAGAAUGCAUGGAAAGUAAAGUUAUAGUCUGCAAUUAUUACCCACCUUGUCCUGAACCAGGCUUGGCAUUGGGCGCCAGCAAUCAUACAGACCAGGCUUUACUGACUAUACUUGGGCAAGACAACUUGGGUGGCCUCCAAGUUCUUCAUCAGAAUCAAUGGGUUGAUGUCAACCCCAUCCAGGGAGCACUUACAGUAAAUAUAGGGGACUUCAUGCAGCUUAUCACCAAUGACAAGUUCAGAAGUGUUCAGCAUAGAGUUUUGUCUGUAGAAGUUGGAACCCGGAUAUCAGUUACUUGCUUUCUCUAUCCAAGCUCUGCAAAAAUAUCAAAGCCAUAUGGGGUAAUAAAGGAGCUUCAACCUGAAAAGCCACCCAUCUAUAGGGAAACUCAUUUUGCUGAACUUGUGGAGGAAUUCUACGCAUUAGGACCACGUCCCUCAAACCUUUCUCGUUUUAAAUUUAGCUUAAGGAGUGAAGAAUCUGAGGAAAACCCAUUUCAGUUCUUUGUUUUAAAUUGCAGAAAGAGAGCAUUUUUUACCCAAAAGGAAGGCCUCUCUACGUCAAGUUUUAAACUUUGGGCUGGACUAACACCCCACUAA